AUGGGGAAGCUCCCUGGUUUCAGCAAUGUGUACCUCAUCAGCGGGUUGACGACCGUCGGCGGCCUGAUUCAGGGCUUCGACGUGUCAAGCAUGUCCGCGAUCAUUGGUACGGAUCAAUACAAAACAUAUUUCAACAAGCCCGAUUCAGUCCUUCAAGGCGGUAUCACUGCAAGUAUGGCGGGCGGCUCCCUUCUCGGAUCGCUCUUCUCGUCUUGGACCAGCGACCGGCUCGGUCGACGCGAUUCGCUUUUCAUCGCAUGCAUCGUUUGGUUGGUCGGAUCGACCUUGAUGUGCGCCGUGCAAGAUGUCGCGAUGCUGAUUGUCUCACGCAUUUUAAAUGGAUUCGCUGUCGGCAUGUUAACCAGUCAAGGGCCGAUCCUGAUCGCCGAAAUCAGCUUGCCUCAUCAACGUGGUCGCCUUCUUUCUUUACAGCAAUGGAUGAUUACUUGGGGUAUCCUGAUUAUGUAUUUUAUCAGCUAUGGAGCUUCUUUCAUGGGGAAUAAUGGUUCCUUUCGCCUUCCCUGGGGAAUCCAGAUGAUCCCUGCGAUUAUUCUCAUGUCAUGUUUACCGAUGAUGCCCCGCUCGCCCCGCUGGCUCGCUUCAAAGGAUAGAUGGGAGGAGGCCACUGAAGUUCUUGCACGGCUUCACGCCAAGGGGAACAUGCUCGAUCCUAUUGUGAUUGCUCAAACCCAGGAGAUCCGCGACAAGAUUGAGCAGGAACGGCAAUAUCAAAGCUUGUCAUGGCUCGAGCUCUUCAACUCUCGCAAUAUCGUUCGUGUCCAUUGCGCUAUCUUCACACAUGUUUGGGCUCAAAUGACUGGAACCAAUGCCAUGAUGUACUAUAUUGUCUACAUUUUCCAGAUGGCUGGCUUGACCGGCAACCAGACACUUGUUUCUGCUUCCAUUCAGUAUAUUAUCAACGUGGUCAUGACUCUCCCAGCACUAAUUUUCAUCGAUCGCCUACCUCGGCGCAAACUUUUUAUCUUCGGAGCGCUAGGGAUGGGUGUUUUUCAAUUUAUUCAAGCAGGUCUCAUGGCUACCUACGGACAUUCUGUUCCAGGUGGGCUUGAGGGCUCUCCCACGGUGACAUGGAAGGUUACCAAUUCCAAGGCAUCGAAGGCUAUCAUUGCAUGCUCGUAUCUCUUCAUCGCAACCUAUGCACCGACCUGGGGGCCGCUUGGCUGGGCCUACCCUCCUGAGAUCAUCCCACUGUACAUCCGAAGCAAGGCCGUGUCCCUUGCAACAUUCUUCAACUGGGGCUGCAACUUCGCCCUGACAUUCUUCACGCCUCCUGGAUUCCAGAACAUCCAGUGGAGGAUCUACUGUGUUUUUGGAACCCUAUGUUUUGUUGCAGCCAUUCAUGUGUUUUUCCUAUUCCAGGAAACCGUUGGCAAGUCAUUGGAGGAAAUUGAUGAAAUAUUCGAGAAACAGAGUGUCUGGGCUUUCAAGGCUAGGCAAGAGCCCAGUCAGCUUAUAGCUGAUAUCGAGCAGGCUAAGGAAGACAUCGGCAUUGGCAAAGUCGGUGUGAGCCACGUCCAGACAUCCAAGCCUUAA